GCACCUCGCGUUGUCGCUCAGUCACGUGUACACGUCUGCGCGAGUCCCUCUUGUCUCGCAGUGGAGCGGUGGUGUUUGCUCGGAAUACGAGUGAGAUUUCAGGCGAUUUCGGAGAAUGAGUGAUAACGAUGACAUCGAAGUUGACAGUGAUGAAGAGUCGUCGAGAUUUCACCCAGUGGCAGACAAGCGGGCACACCACAACGCACUGGAGCGCAAACGCAGGGACCACAUCAAAGACAGCUUUCACAGUUUACGUGACUCUGUGCCUGCUUUACAAGGAGAGAAGGCUUCCAGAGCUCAGAUUUUAGACAAAGCCACAGAGUAUAUCCAGUACAUGCGCCGCAAGAACCAUACGCACCAACAGGACAUUGAUGACCUGAAGAAGCAGAAUGCUAUGCUGGAGCAGCAGGUCCGUGCUCUAGAGAAGGCCAAGGGGAACACACAGCUGCAGGCCAGCUACUCAUCAGACAGCAGCUUGUACACCAACCCUAAAGGCAGCGCCGUGUCGGCUUUCGACGGUGGUUCUGACUCCAGCUCCGAGUCCGAGCCCGAGGAGCCUCCCACCAGGAAGAAGUUGCGCGCGGAACCGAGCUAGACGCAUCUGUCCUGGCUGUCAGACUUUCUCCUCCAUCCUCGUCCCUUUCUGUCUCAUCCUCCCACAACUCGUUCCUCUCUUUUCUCCUGUGUGUUCAGAAACCUGGGGGAGUGUCUUAAAAAAAGGCCAGAAAGGUUCAGCCUCUUAUCUCUCAACACUGAUGCCACUUUGUGCGUGGAUCAAGCGAAGCUUCAUUUUCCUCCAAGGCGUGGCAGCUUGGCAGUUUUAACACUGCGAUAUUUUUCAGACUCUUCGAAUAGUCUUGCAGCAAGUAAUGUAAAGCAACAAACCAUUAUCUUUCCCAAAUGUGCUAUGAGAUAGAAGGAGGAAAAAAGGCAUUUAAUAAUAAUAAUAAUAAUAAAAAAAUUACAUUUGUAAUAUUUCUAAUUUUCCAUGAGAUAUACAAUGGUGCUUUUUAAAAGAACACAAGAGUAUGUUGGCUUUGUGAUCCUGGUUUGGAAGACUUGUGUUCUCCCCUUUUUGGCAAAUAUCUGUUGCUGAAUUUGUUUAUUUAAUGGAAUGUUAAGGAUGUAUUUUGUUAAUGUGUUGUUUUUUGCCUGAGAUUAUGAAUGGAAGUAGCUGGCCAUGACUUUUCCAUAUCCUGACUACAUAGUUUUGGGACUUGGAUUUUUAAUCUGCUUGGCCAAAAGAGGACAACUUUUUAAUACAGGUAAACUUCCUUUAAGAAGUUGAAUGUUAUCGUGUAGUUCAAAAGCAGUUUUUUGAUUACAUGUAAGUUUGUCCAUUUCAGUACGUAGUAUGUGGCACUGUAUACUCUUAAAUGUAAUUGUCUUGAUGGAAUAACCUUCCCCGUGAACCUGCCUGCCUAGAGAAUGCUUGGUUUCAUUUAAAGAGUGCGUAUGAAAUAUUGUGCUUUUAUUCCAUUCUAUGGAAAUUACAGGUAUGUUGUACAUACUGCCAACAAGUUGUCUUGCAAGUUGAGGCAUACCUUUACUAUGAGACUCCAAAUAAAACUAUUUUAUCUUUGACCUUA